CUAUCUUUAGUGUUUAAUUAUUUUUCUCGAAACGUGUGGUUUUUAGAAAGAAACAAAAUAUAUUAGCAGAUCAGUAAAUUUGUCCGUAAGAUUUAGCCUAAAAAUUUAUAAUUCCGAAGUGCUUUGCCUCACGCAAUGAAAACUGUCGUAACAGUUCGGUAAAAAGUUUUGCUCCUGGCGCGACGUUUUGACAUCUUGCGUGAAUGUGCAAUAGACAGCGAUUGAUUGCUCUCUUGGGUUGAGGUUAAGAAGCAGCGCGGAGCAUUCAUCCGCAUUUUGUUGUGCGUAGAAAAUCUGCUGUCAAAUAGUUGAAGAAGAGCCUCUAGUCUCUGUGGACAAUAUAUAUCGCUACGCCAUCGACGUUGGUUACCUUCGCAACAAGAGGAAGGAGAUUCACUGGCCAAGUUCCAGUCACAAGUGGAAAAAGGUUACAGUUUGUAGGAAGUUCUUUAAAUUAGGGAACAAUGGCAUCCCCACCGGACCAGGUGGAAAUAUUGCGUGGUCGCGAUCUGGCCCGUAUAUUUCAACUUUGGGAGGAACGGCAUAGCAUUCCUGGCUACGAUCCGGAACCAAUCGUCACGAGGUUGGCCGAAAUUUUCGAGGAAGAAACCGAAGUUUACAUGCGAAAAGAUCCGGAUCCUUUCGAUGAGCGUCAUCCUUCUCGGACGGAUCCGAACAGUGAACUGGGUCGUAUGUUGAAAACGCUGUUCCGCAAAGAUCACUUCAUGACCCGGCUGGUGAACGAUUACCUACGGGAUAAUUUCUUUACUCGGCAAAAUAUUCAACAGGGUUCGCAGUCACUGAACAUAGCAGCCUGUCGCUUGAUAUUGGUGAUCAUGCCGGGACUGGAAACGUCCGCCGUAUUCCAAGCGGAGUUUGACCACUUAAUUACGAGGCUAUAUAGCUGGGCAGAGUCGAGUCCGGAGCCAUUACAAAGCUACGCUACAGGUCUUCUGGGAGCAGCGAUGGAAGUGCAAGAAAUCGCCGUCAGUUUUCGAGAGCAGAACAUUCGGCUGUUACCGAUAAUGCUGAGGAGGUUGCAUGUGUUACAGCUAGCGCAUAGAAAUCGGGAUCGAUUAUCGGAAGCAGGGGAAGGCACAAGUAGUACUGCUUUCCAGAGAAUGUUUCAGGGAGAAGCCGGAGUCAUAAAUGCAAAAUCUACGACUGGCGAUUCCAUGGUGGUGGAUGAUGGCCUCGUAUCUCGUCCUUUUGCCCAUCUAGGAGCAUCAGAGAUGGAUGGUGAGUUAGUAGCAGCUAACGGGCCAACCCCACUAUCAAACCUGAACACUUUAUUUCAAAAUGAAAACAGUCAGAACACACAAGAUAAUGGACAGAGCAGAUCAGCUCAUAGAAAUAUGAUUCCGAUUUAUCCGGCAACAAUUGCGACCAGCCAAAUGUUGAUCUUGCGGUACUUGACACCAAUGGGAGAAUAUCAGGAAUUUCUUCCGCACGUUUUUGAGCACAAUGCCAUGAGUUUGAUUUUCCGUUAUAUCGAGAAUUUGGAUGCAAAGGAUACUUGUUUGGCUUUUGAAGCGCUCAAGUAUCUGGCUUCAUUGUUAUGUCAUAAAAAGUUCUCGCUGGAAUUCAUCGCCAACGGUGGACUCGAGCGUCUGCUGAAGGUUCCCCGACCAAGUCUUGCUGCUACGGGGGUGUCCAUUGCUUUUUACUAUCUGGCUUACUGCGAGGAUGCAAUGGAACGAAUUUGUCUGAUGCCACAGAAAAUUAUUACUGAACUAGUAUCCUACGCCUUGUGGCUGUUAGGAUGCUCUCACGAUUCCGGCCGAUGUCACGCCACCAUGUUUUUCGGUCUCAGUUGUCAGUUCAAAACAAUGAUGGACGAAUUCGACAAACAGGACGGUCUUCGGAAGCUGUAUAAUGUGAUCGCUGUUCUGCCGAUUCUUCUGCCGGCGGAUGACUACAACUUAAAUGACGACGAAGAAUGUGCAGCUCGACAGGUCGUUCGUCAUGUGUGCGUUGCUUUGAAAAAAUACUUCGAAAAUCAUCUUUACUACAAGUACAGCCAGGUGACUCGACAGCAGUGUCUGACUGGGACGUUAGCACAUCCGGUUUUUAAGUCGGUUAAAAAUUCCCCAGAAGUGAUUAGCGAUCAAAUUAAAACCCUCCAGGAGUUGCUCCCAAUGAAAGCUCCCUGGACACCGGUUGAUGAGUUUUUAACAUUGGGUGGUGUAAACCUUCUGCUGCGGAUUAUCGCGUUGGCUUACGAGUGGAAUUACAGUGGACGUUUUAGUUCUUGCAGUGCAGAGACGGUGCGUGCAGCGUUAGAUGUCCUAAAUGUGUGCUGCGUGAUACCACGUGUACACGCGGUGUUCUGCGAACGGAUUGAGUUUCCGGAUGAAGGAUCGGCUGCUGGAAUAAACAUUGUCUUAGGAGCGGCCGAAGGUGAAAUUGUGGCCGAUGCCGAAGUUCAAAAAUCGGCCCUGGCCGUGCUGGUGAAUACGGUGUGCGCCCCUAUUCAUCGGCCUAGUGGAUCGUUGGCUAGAUUCGGUUCUGCCAAGAAAAGAAUGCCAAACAAAAAUUCGGAAGAACUUUUGCAGAAAGUUUGGGAAAGCGUGCGUUCCAACAAUGGAAUUAUUGUUUUGCUGUCCCUCAUGUGUGUAAAAACGCCGAUUACCGAUGCGGAUUGCAUACGGGGUAUGGCAUGUCGAGCACUUGCCGGUCUGGCGCGGUCAGAGACAGUACAGCAAAUCAUCGGAAAACUUCCACUUUUUGUCAACGGGCAGCUGCAAAGUUUGAUGCGCGAUCCUAUUCUGCAGGAAAAACGAGCGGAACACGUCCAAUUCCAGAAGUACGCUUUGGAACUUAUGGAACGAGUAUCUGGUAAAGCCAAAACAUUCAACAAUCAGCUUGACACAUCGCUGGCGGAUAUUCACAAAGCAAAUGUGGUGGCGCAGACAAAAAUUCAAUUUAAUGAACAGCAACUUUAUCAAUUAAUCUACCAACACCUUGCGGCACGAGGCUUAACGGAAACCGCCGCUUCGCUGGUGAAAGAAGCUAACAUUACAAUUCCCUCGACACUGCAGCAACAGCACCCGCAGGUGUCUACUAUUGGCCGAAAUUUACAUCACUCGCCAUUCACUUUCCGUUCGCCCAAUACGAGUGUGAUACAACGCGCGCGGAUUCGUAGCAAAACAGCGGAUUCUGUUUUCAACCACUCUGCCGCCCAGGCAAAUUUACAAGCUGCGCUAGCAGCAGCCAGUUCCGACGGAAAUUGUUUAAAGGAUGCUAACGGCAGUGGAGACACAUAUCAGCUUCGUCCAGCGGAUACGUCGGGUAGUGCUGGCACUGCGACGGUGACGACCGCAGCCUUAGAAUCGCUCGUCACUGAGCCAUUUACUCCGAUCAAGCUAAUUAAAAAGACAAACCCGACUUGCGUCAGUGCCGGAGGGCCCGUCGGAGGUAGCUCUUCGCACGGUACCAGCAACAGUUUAAACACUCCCUUUUCCUCCUCAUCUAGCAACAGUCAGCAGCGGUCACUGCAGAAGCAAAUAUCGGCUACCGUCGAUACCGCGUCGUUUCUCGUGCCCGCUUCGACGUCUUCCAAAACAACUGCGCAGGAUCCCGUUGGCUGCAGCACGGUGACACUAGAUACUAUUAUUACCGAGUAUCUCACCAAUCAACAUGCGCUGUGCAAGCAUCCGAUGUCCACCUGUCCGCAGUUUGAUCUGUUCGUUCCACACAAGUGCCCGGAUCCUCGGCCGAAUCGAGCCUCUGGAAUGAGCAUGAACUUCGCGGCUCGGUUUUUCAAACGACAUGCUGGUUUUUCGUCACGACGGUUCGAUCGCCGGUUGGUUCACUCGAACUUUUCCGCGUCACGAGUGUUGCGACCGCAAGAUUCGGACUUCUUCUUUACGUGCUGUGAUUUUACGCCAUGCGCUACGAAGCUUAUCACCGGUUCGCACAGCGGAGAAGUGAAGAUUUUCAACCUGAGCGAUAGCAACGAGGAAUUCAGCUACUCGUGCCACGAGUCAUACCUGAAUUCGAUCAAAUGCAGCAAGGAUGGCCGUCUGCUGUUGACCUCCUGCGCCUGGCGAUCACCGAUGUCCGUACUGUGGAAUAUUGAAAACAAUCGCUUCUCGCACAAAUUGCAAUGGGACGAGGAAGAGUAUUUGGAGUUCCCGAACAUAAUGCAGGAUAAAGUUCUUGCGACGACGGGAGAGGUGGCCACAAUUUACGAUAUUAACACGGGACAGAAGAUCUUAUCACUGGUGCCGAACAUCUACAAUCAGUACUCGAAAAACCGGGCCACAUUCUGUCCAACGGACGAACUUAUUUUGUCGGACGGUGUUUUGUGGGACGUUUCGUCCGGCAAGGAAAUCCACAAAUUCGACAAGCUGAACCAAACGAUAUCGGGAGUGUUCCAUCCGAACGGGCUGGAAAUCGUUUCCAAUACCGAGGUGUGGGACCUGCGAACAUUCCACCUUUUGCGAACGGUUCCAGCGUUGGACCAGUGCUACGUGAAAUUCUCUCCGCAGAAUGUGAUAUACGGUAUCUGUCCUGAACUGGAAUCGGAACCGAAUUCCGAUAACGUGUUCUUCGAAUCCAGCUUCAAGGUACUGGAUGGGUAUGAUUAUUCGAGCAUUUCGACGGUAGAUGUUAAGCGGAACAUUUACGAUUUGGCAAUCAAUCUGUACGGUAGCCAGAUCGCGAUUGUUGAGAACCAGGGUGGGUACAAUUCGGUACAGGAGUCGGUGGUGCGAAUCUACAGCGUGGGCCGCAAAAAGAACACCGAAGACGAUGCCGAAGAGGAGGAAGAGGAAAUGGAAAACUCCGAGGAUAAUUCGAUGUCGGAGACGGAGUCGGUCGUAUUUCACGGCGCUCGCGGAGAAAACGGUGGUCAGCGUCGUCGGCGGAGACGGGGAAUGCGUAUCAAUGUACUCGAUGAUGAAGAUGAUAUUUUCCAACCAGGUUCUUCCUCGUCCAGUGAGGACGACGACGAUGACGACGAUAAUGAAGACGACGAUGACGGUGCCGGGGAUGGCGGCGAUGACGAAAACGAUGAUGCCGAAGACGACGAUGGUGGCAACAACAACGAUGACGAAGCGGAUGAGGAAGACGCCUCUUCCUGGACUACGACCUCCGAUCUGGAAGACUUCUUAUUGUUAUAAAGGGGUGUAGAUAGGCAGUGACAGUACCGGAGACGAAAUCGAUUGAAAGGUGGGUCAUGAAGCGCACCAUCCUCUAGCAGCCAACGGAAUGUGAGUCCUACUAAGAAGUCCUACUAAGAUUUGGUACUGCAUUUUUCUGUUUAACCUUUGUAUGUCAUCAUUGAAGCCGGGGCAGCAGACUUGGAUUCUUUCCAGUGGCUGAAAGGAAAAGUGUCGAACCAGGAAAUGAAAGCGUAUGCUUUAACAAAAUUGCACAUAUUUGUAUUUACUAUUGCCAAAAAUUAUCUUCGAUAGCCAAGCUAAAUGAAAGGCAGAUAUAGAAAUUGUUACAAAAUUUCAAUUGUUUAGGUAUAAAAAGCAGCGAUUACUUUCUAUUUUGCUAUUUUGUUUUGCCACAGCUGUACCGCUCGUUUGUUUUAUUGAAUUGUUUGUUUCAUAUCUCUUAUCAAAUUGUCGAUAUAAUUUUCUACCGUCUUUUUUCGAGCGACACCAGAGAGGUAAUGUCCAUACAAUUUAAAUGUGUGUUGAAAGAAGGUUCUUGUACAUUUACAAUAAUUUUUAACUGAGAAA